AUGUACAUAUUGAUAUAUGUUGAUGAUAUUUUAAUUACAUGCUCACUGCCCUCAGCAAUCGAAGAUCUUCUUCACUCUCUGAAAGAUGGGUUUGCUAUUAAGGAUUUGGGGAGCUUGAAUUUUUUUCUUGGCAUUAAAGUUGUGAAGAACUGCACCGGUAUUAUACUGUCUCAGAAACGUUACAUCUGUGAUAUUCUUAAACGUACCCAUAUGCUAGAGGCUAAACCAGUCUCUAGUCCUAUGGCUUUGUUAGCCCAUCUCACUGCAUUUGACGGUGAAACCUUUUCUGAUCAGACUUUGUUUCAAAGUACUAUUGGGGCUUUACAAUAUUUGUCUAUUACCAGGCCUGAUAUUGCCUAUUCAGUGAACAAGUUAUCUCAGUUCAUGCAUAAGCCCACAGUGUUUCACUGGCAGUCUGCAAAGCGUCUUCUUCGGUAUCUCAAACACACAAUUCAUUUUGGACUCCAAAUCCAAGCAUCCAAAUCUAAUUUGUUGCAAGCUUUUUCUGAUGCUGACUGGGCUGGUUCCCGUGAUGACAGACGCUCAACUGGUGGUUAUUGUGUCUACCUUGGUGCUAAUUUAAUUUCUUGGAGCUGCAAAAAGCAGGCAACUGUAGCUAGAUCAAGCACAGAAACUGAUACAAAGCUCUUGCUAACGCUGCUGCCGAAAUCUCUUGGCUCCGCUCUCUUCUCUGUGAAUUGGGCAUCACUCUUCCUCAGUCACCCAUUCUUUGGUGUGAUAACAUUGGUGCAACUUAUUUAUCAUCCAAUCCGGUUUUUCAUGCUCGAACAAAGCACAUAG